AUGAGAAACAUCAAGGAAGCACGGUUCUUGAGCUUAAUGGGAUCCGAUUCCAGCCAGAGGGAUCCUAAUUUAUGGUAUAAACACCAUGGGACUAAUGGCCACCGAACUGGGGGCUGUCGACAUUUGCGCAAGGAGGUGGCAACGUUGCUGAAGAACAACCAUCUCAAGGAAUUCUUAACUAAGAAAACAAAGGUAUUAGUGACUCAUAGCAAGAGUCUCCAGGAAGUCACCGAGGAUGACAUCACCUUCACAGAAGAAGACGCUGAUGUACUUCUUCUUCCGCACAACGAUGCCCUGGUAAUCUCUCUUAACAUUUUAGAUUUCAAGAUUAAAUGUGUUUUGGUUGACCCAGGAAGUUCAUCCAAGAUCAUUCAAUGGAGAGUGUUGGAACAAGCCAAGUUAACCGGAAGCAUCAUCCCGACAACAAAACUCCUCGCUGGACUCAACUUGGCAAGUGUUACGACUCGGGGGGAGAUCUUGCUGCCUACGAAUGCCGAAGGGGUCUCGAAGACCACCUUAUUUGAAGUGGUGGACGUUGACAUGGGCUACAACAUAAUUCUCGUCAGACCAUGGUUACAUGAAAGUUGUGCCAUCAACUUAUCACCAAAUGUUGAAAUUCCCGACUCCAAAGGGGAUCAAACAAGAGGAGAUCAACCGGCAGCAAGGGAAAUGAACGCGAAAUCGGCUUCCAUUAGUAAAGGGAAGGAACUAAACGCAUAG